AAAAAAAGCACAGAUCUGACUGGAAGAAGUCCUGCUGUCACUGAGCUCCUUGCUAUUUGCUGAGCAGGCUGGCUCUUAUUCCACAGACCGCAUGCGUCUCUCUCGAACACCCCCAAGCCUCCUGACGCAAUCAAUCGUUUUUUCUUUGAAUGCAUGUUAAAUCAGGCAGUGGUCCAUAUGCCACUAAACAAUUUACUUCACUUGCCUUCAGUCACAAAUGAUAUGCUGUGUAAGGAAGGAGGAUUAGUCCGUUUGAUAGGAGGCUGCACACACUUUUUGACGUCCUAAAGCAGAUUGUGCAAUGGAUCAUGUGCUUAACAUUGCUGACAGCUCCAUCUUCACUCCGUAUGUUUACCCGGCCUCGUGGUCGGAGGAGGGGGCCCUGCGUCAGAUAGUCAGCCUGUGGCUGGUGACCAACCUGGGAGCGGUGCUGCUCUUCCUGGGCUGUGGUGCUCUCAACUUCUACUACGUGUUUGACCAUAAACUCAUGAUGCAUCCACUGUUUCUCAAGAACCAGGUAAAACAAGAGAUUGAACUAUCAAUCAUCUCAAUUUUCUGGAUGAGCUUCCCAACAGUGGCCAUUUUCUUCUGGGAGGUCCAGGGAAACAGCAAACUUUUCGACAACAUCAGCGAAUCUUCUCUGGGCUGGCCCGGGGUGUUCCUGAGCAUUGCUGGUUUCUUGUUCUUUACUGACAUGUGCAUCUACUGGAUACACCGCUUCCUGCACCAUAAGAGCACUUACAAGCAUUUACAUAAGCAGCACCACAUAUUUAAGAUCCCUACGCCUUUUGCCAGCCAUGCCUUCCACCCGCUGGACGGCUUCCUGCAGAGCCUUCCCUAUCACAUCUACCCGUUCAUCUUCCCCCUCCACAAGGCGGUCUAUCUGUCACUUUUCGUCUUUGUCAACAUCUGGACCAUUUCCAUACACGAUGGAGACUACCGCAUCCCCGGCCCCCUGAUAUGUCUGAUCAAUGGUGCUGCUCACCACGUAGACCAUCAUCUCUUCUUCAACUACAACUACGGACAGUACUUCACGCUCUGGGAUCGUAUCGGGGGCUCCUACAGAAACCCCUCAGCCCUGAUGGGGAAGGGGCCACAGGACCACAUUGCACACACACAGUGAAGAUCCAGAUAUCAAUUUGUCACUCUAACGCUUAGGAAAGAGACAAUUGAAUCAGAUGCAAAUAACUCAAACUAAGUGAGUUGGUAAGUAAGUUGUUAAAAUAUGAAUAAAACAUAAUUAUGGGGAAAUAUGUUUUUGUAAAAGAUAAUGGUGACAUGCCAGUUGGCUGGAAAUAACACUAUACUGCAUUGAAUAAAAACCAGCAAAGUAAAGGCAUACUUAAUUUGUAUGUGUUAGGGUUUUAACCAAGCUCUUGUUGCGAUCUCUGAUUUGAGAAUCCCAACUUCAUAAAAUCAGGGCAAUGUUUCUUUGUAAUAGGAUUGAUGGACGCUUUUUUUUACUAAUCGAAC